AUGGCUUCGUUUUUCAUCAGCCGCUGUUUGUUGCUUUUGCUCCUUGUUCUCUCUCGUCUUCUAGUUGUUCCGGCUAUCGCUGUUCAGGUGAAAGAAGCUGUUGGUUCCUUUAAUUCCAUAUACAGUUUCGGAGAUAUUGGUGACUCUUCAACAUCGUCAGCUGCUGAUCACAUUGCUGCAGCCCUCAGUUUGCCUUUUCCACAACCAUUCAGCCAACAAGACACCGAGUUCUUCGAAAUGGCAUCACACCACCACUGCAGUCUCAUGAUCCAACACAGAUUGUCACCUUCAUGCAGUUCUUCUAUAAAGAUUGCUUCCUUUUUCAUGACUGGCAAAAACAAGGUUCUUCAGAAGGCACUCAUCUUUAUGGAUCAACCCGGCAUCAACGACUAUAAGCAGGCUUUUUUACAUGGAAAAUCUAUUUCAGAGGCGGGACAUCUUGUGCCUGAAGUGGUGGCGACUAUUAAGAAUUCAGUUGAAAGACUCAUUAAUGAAGCUGGAGCCAAAACUGUUAUGGUUUCUGGAGUUCUACCCAUGGGCUGCUUUCCUGGUUUUCAGACUCUCUUUCCCGAGGGCGAUUCAAUUGGCAAAGGAAGAUGCCACAAGGGAUUGAAUAUGUUCGCGAGGCUUCACAAUGAUCACCUUUGGCAAGCAAUUCUGGAGCUGCGUUUGGAACACCCUGCUGUUCACAUCAUAUACGCAGAUUACUACAAAGCGUUCAUGGCAGUUGUUAAGAACCACGCUUUUUUGGGAUUCAAGACGAAGACUUUGAUGAAGGCCUGUUGUGGCAGCGGAAACGGUCCCUUCAACUUUGAUGUGCAGAAGAAGUGCGGAGAGGAAGGAGUAACAACAUGUUCCGAUAGGGCUAUGUAUAUACACUGGGAUGGAUUUCGACUAACCCCAAAGGCAUUGGAGAACCUGAUCGAUACGCUCUUCAGCAAAAAAGGAUUCAUAUUCCCAGAAAUCAAGUUCGGAGAAGAAACAACAGCAGCAGUAGAAAGACAUCAUUCCAGGAUUCAUGGAGGAGUUAGAGACACGUCUUCUAUUGUUAGGCAUUUACUCUGUCUAAGCCAGUUUUCUAUAUUCAAUUAUGUCUGACUAAAUAGGACGGGUACUUUUCCUAAUAUCUUUGAUUUAAAGAGUAUGUACAGGGGAAUGUCCCUCUUAGCUUCUGUAACAACCAACUAUUCUUUAUUCUUAUCAAAUAUAAGUAUCCUGAUUUAAUACAAACAUAAUUCUACAGAUGAUUUAGAUGUUUAUCAAGUACUUUGUUUAUCUUCUUGUUUUCUUUCAACCUUAUUCGUAAGCCUGAGAUUAACGACAAAGCGUUUCGACUGUUUCUCUCAACCUUAUUCCAGUAACUACUUAUAAUAUAGGAUUCCCAAUAAGUAAGAUUGUUUUCUCCUCCUUUUUUGGGGGUCCAAAAGCAAGAUGUCAGUGUUUUAUUUAAAGGAAGAACCACAAAAGUCACAGGAAUCCAAUAACAGUGAGAACAAAAUACAAGCAAUAAAGAAGGGAGACACUUCUUUGAAACGAUGAGUACAUUGAAGAUAAAUCCGAAAAUGUUUACAAUGAAAAUUAUUAAUUGCUAUACCUAUUUUCUGACCGCAAAGAAGAUUUCACUUUCUUCACUAGAACUAAAAGCCAAAGCCCCUCUUAAAGUGAAAA